AUGCCACCAACAGCUGUCACCCGAUAUAACGGUGGUAUUCAUGGUGGUCUUGGUGGUUUUGGUGGUUUUGGUGGUCUUGGUGGUCUUGGUGGUCUUGGUGGUCUUGGUGGUCUUGGUGGUUUUGGUGGUCUUGGUGGUUUUGGUGGUCUUGGUGGUUUUGGUGGUCUUGGUGGUUUUGGUGGUCUUGGUGGUUUUGGUGGUCUUGGUGGUUUUGAUGGACUUAGCGGUAUUUGUGACGCUUUUUUUUUAGUUAGUUUCUUAUAUGUAUCGAUCUAUGGCCGAAGUUGUUAUUCGUAA